GGGAGGGCCAGCCCCCCUCCCAGUGUGUGUGUUUUUGGAACAGAGAACCGGGAGGACAUCCUGAACGCCAGCGACCGGCUGACCGAGGUCCUGGAGGAGGCCAACACCCUGUUCAAUGGAGUGUCCCGAGCCAGGGAAGCCGUCCUGGACGCCCACUUUCUUGUUUUGGCCUCAGAUCUGGGCAAAGAGAAGGCCAAGCAGCUGCGUUCCGAUCUGAACUCGUUUGAUAUGUUAAGAUACGUGGAAACUCUCCUGACACACAUGGGCGUGAACCCGCUGGAAGCCGAAGAGCUGGUCCGUGAGGACGACAGCCCGGACUUUGAGUUCAUAGUCUACGACUCCUGGAGAAUAUCAGGCAAAACGGCAGAAAACACCUUUAAUAAAACCCAUACAUUCCACUUCCUGUUGGGCUCCAUCCAGGGCGAGUGCCCUGUGCCGAAGCCGCGCGCCGAGCGCCCCAGGAGGAUCUGUGCGCUGGAGAAGGAGCGGGAAAUGCCUGUCCAGCUAAAAAGAAUGGAAGAGUCUCAGCAAGAAGCCACAGAAAAAGAAGUAGAACGGAUCUUAGGGUUGUUGCAGACAUACUUCCGAGAAGAUCCCGACACGCCUAUGUCCUUCUUUGACUUUGUGGUCGACCCACAUUCUUUCCCUCGAACGGUGGAAAACAUCUUUCAUGUCUCCUUCAUCGUAAGGGAUGGUUUUGCAAGAAUAAAACUUGACCAAGACCGACUGCCAAUAAUAGAGCCCGUUAAUAUUAAUGAGGAAAGUGAGGGCAUUGACCAGAACACCCAAAUCAGGAAUCAAGGGAUUAUAGCUUUGAGUUACCGCGACUGGGAGGAGAUCGUGCGGACCUUUGAGAUCUCGGAGCCGGUGAUCGUGUCCGGCCCGAGCCGGCAGAGCCUGAGUGCUGAUGGCAGCUGAAGGACUCUAAUGGAUAGUGAAAUCCAGAAAGGAAAGCAGCAUGUGUUGUAUAUAUUGUAUGAUUGAACGUUUUUAAAGGCAGAUUGUUUUUAGUAAACUGUAGCUUUUGAUAGUGUAUCGAUUUGUCAUGGUUGUCUUUGAUUAAAGGAGAUGCACUGCCAUGUUCACAAA